AUGGCUAGAAGAAACAGAAAUAGAAACUCAUCUACAGGGGUUAAAGGACCAAGUUCUGCAUUAACUGAAUUUUUAAAAAGUGAAGGUAUCACUGACGCGUUUAGACAAAGACGUGAAAGAGAAGCAGCAGCAACAAAUUCAACGGGGGAUAAUAGUUUAAAUGAAACUCCCGAACCUAAUGAGAUUGGGGAUUUAGCAUCUCAAGGAACUUCAAAUAAUAAUUCAAACGUAUCAUCAAGAAAUAAUAGUCCUGCUUUAUCAAGAAGAACUUCACAACGCGGCAAUUCAAUAACGCCUAAUAGAUCAACAGAUAAUACUUUAUCAAAUAAUGGCACUUCCACAAAAGACGGAGAUGAUGAGGAAGAAGAAGAUGAAGAAAUAAUACUAAUGAGAAAAGCUGCCAAGAGAAAAUUAAAAGCAGCAAUGAAAAACAGUGUAAGAGGUAAAAGAAAAAAAAGUGGUCAACCAGAUGAUAGUUCAAGUGAUAGUAGUGAUGAAAAUAGUGAUAAUGAUUUAUAUAGUGACGAAGAUGAAGAUGAUUUAGGUGAUGCAGAUAUGAAAAAAUUUGGAGAUUUAGAUACUUGUGUUGAUUGUGGUAAAGAAUUUGAGUUAUCAGUAUUUUCAAGAUAUAUAAAUGAAAAAUCGGGAUAUUUAUGUGAUCCAUGUAAUAAAAUUCUAAAGUCAAGAGAAAGAAAAGCCAAAGCCAAUCAAAUGAAUGCAAGAAAGAAAAGAAAAAGAGUUGCUCAAGCAUUAUUAAAUAAAUCAACUGUUAAAAUCCCAAAAUUACAAGAUGUUUGUAUUAAAAAAAUCACUCAAAAUAUUGAAGAUGUUGAUGUAUUGGGAGAUAUUGGACAAUUUAAUUUAAAUAAAAUAUCAGCAAUUUUAUCUAAGAAUAGAUCAUUAAAUGAUAAAACAAUAUCAUUAUUUUUAUCACCGGAUUUAAAACAAUUAUCAUUCUGGGACUGUUCAAAUGUUGACUCAGAUUCAUUAAACAAGAUAGCGUCAUUUUGUCCAAAUUUAGAAUCAUUGACUUUAUUCAUGUGUGGUCAAUUACAUAAUGAUAAUUUAGAAUAUUUUGCGACAAAUUUAAAUCAUUUACAUACUUUAUCAUUAAAUGGUCCUUUCUUAAUUAGUGAUAAAAUGUGGCAAGCAUAUUUCAAACAAAUGAAAGGUAAAUUACAAAAAUUUGAAGUUAGAAAUACUCAUAGAUUUGGUAAUGAUUCUUUGAUUAGUCUUUUAAUAAAUUGUGGGAAAGAUUUAACUUCUUUGAAAUUAUCAAGAUUGGAUGGGUUGACUAGUUCAGAUUCUUAUCAAGAAAUAAGCUCAUAUAUUUCCAAAAACAAAUUGACUCAUCUAGAAAUUUCAUAUCCUACAAAUGAAGAUAUAGUAACUGAUGAAAUUCUUAUAGACUUGUUAGCCAAAACAGGUGAUUCAUUAAUUUCAUUAAAUGUUGAUGGCUGUUCAGCAUUAACUGAUAACUUUCUAUUAGAAGGUGUAGCAAAAUAUUGUUCAAAUUUAACACAAUUAUCAAUGAAAAAUUUAGAUCAAGUUACAAAUGAAGGAUUUGCAGAAGCAUUUAGUAAUUAUUCCAAAGUAAAUGCGGGUGGAUUAUUAGAAGUCAAUUUGAUGAAAUGUUCAGAUUUAGGAGAUGAAGCACUAUUUGCAUUAUUAAGUCAUUCAUGUCAUACAUUAGUUGAAUUAAGUAUCAACUCAUUAGAUCGAAUAACAAAUGAAUUUUUAUCACAAAUAUUCACAAAUGAUCAUCAUCAAUUUAAAAAAUCGUUAAGAGAAAGAACAGAAAAUGGAGGAUCACAAGAAGACCAAUUGAAAUAUUAUCAAGAAAUUCAUUUACCUUUACUAACAUAUUUAGAUUGUUCAUUUGUUCGUAGUGUUGAUAAUGAAAUAUUAUCUUUAAUUAGUGAAAAAUGUUCUAAAUUACAAAUUAUUGAAGUAUAUGGUGAUAAUAGAUGUAAUGGUAAAGCAGUAUUUAGAGAUGAUUUAAUGGUGAUUGGUCGUCAAACUGAUGAAUUAUAG